CUCGCUGGACGUCAGUCGUGACUCGUCACUCUAUGGUUGUGGCUUCUCCGGGGGGAGGGGGCCUCUCUAGCCACUCGCGCUCUAUGCUCCACGGCCUCCGGCUGGUCGGCUCUUACCAGCCCGCGAGCCAGUCUGGAGUAGCCUGCAGAGCGGGGCGGAGGAUCUUGCCCAGAAGCGCCCCGGCAGCCACGGGAAAACCUAGCGCGGUGACAGCUCGGAGGCGGCCAUGUCAGCCAGCUGGGCUGGAGCCCGAGCGAGUCCCUGACGGCAGCCCGGACCCUGUAAGCGGACGCCCAGGAAUACCUAUGUGCCAGGUACAUCCUUGAUGACUGCUAUCUGAAUAGAGAACUUCUUAUUUUUGUAUUGUCACAGAAUCUUGAAAUCUUAUUUAAAAUGGCAUGGGGAGAUUUUUUAUGAAACUUUGAUGCUUCAACAAAGGAUGCUCUAAUGGAUGACAGAGAAACUCCUACAAAUGACCUACAGUUAGACCCACAAGAUGGAUGCCAUACCAAUGACAGCAUGGAAAGUACAAGGCAGUGCUUGCCUUCUGUAUCAGAUGAAAAUGAAAAUCAAGUUGAUGAAGAUGCAUGUAAAGCUGUGACCAGCAGUGACAAUGAGAUGGGAAAACAUGAAAAGUUUGAACAGGACAAUCUCAACAAUAAUGAAAGCUGCAGCAACUGUGAUAACUCUGUUACCCCAAGCUGUGAAGCAACUGCAAGUGAUAAUUCUGAAAAAAUCCACCCUGAAGGCUCCACAGAUGAAAAGCCCCUCGGAAAGGAGAAAAAAACUCUUGGGAAAAAAAAUUCAAGAAGCAAAAAGGGAAUGAUUACAAAGUCAACACCAGGAUUUUCUUCAGGAGACACUGCAGCAAUAAUGGAAGAAAAGAUCAUUAGUUUCUCUACACAUGCUGGUGGUGAGGAAAGUGCUGCUGAAUCCAAUGCCAAUUAUCAACCAAAGGAGCAUACACAAGUUUUGCAGUCCCUGUUCUCCCUCAUCCGAGGUGAAUUUGAACAAUUGGAUUCAAGAAUUCUGCCCCUUUGUCUUCAUCAGAUUGCAGAGACCUAUUUUCAAGAGGAAGAUUAUGAGAAGGCAAUGAAGUUCAUUCAGCUUGAACGAUUAUAUCAUGAGCAAUUGCUUGCAAAUCUAUCCUCCAUUCAGGAGCAGUGGGAAGCAAAAUGGAAAACAGCAGAACCACAUGUUAUUACAUCUCUGAGGAAUUCAGAAAAAGGAUUGAAUGGUGAAGAAUUUGAAAGACUUGCUAAACUUUGUACAACACAUCAAGAGCCUCUUCUCUCAAAACAUAAGAUCUUACCUACAGAAAAGUCCUUAGAGGAAAUAUGUUUUAUGCCGUUAAUGGUAAUUAGGGAUUUGGAGGAAAGAGGAGCCACUGCCAAAAAGUCAGAAAGUGAAACUUGUACUGGCAUUGAACCAAGGAAACAAAACAAGCAUAAAGAAGAAAAGGGAGAGAGGAGCUUGUCCAGUAAUCAGAUUGAUGAGCUGAUGGAGGCAGUCAUUCCUCCAGUAAGUGCCAGCAAAGACCACAUGGAGGAGCAGGAGGGCAGGGCUGAAUCAACACUGGAGUUACACACCCAGCCCUCAGAGACAGUGGGCAGCAGGCCUGGUUCUGAUUCUUCUGAGAAUUCAAGUAAAGAGGACAGCUGCUUACCGCUGGGUGAGACAGAAGGCAAUGAGGAUGUAGCAAAAAGGGAAAGAAUUGCUGAGGCACCCAAGGAGCUGAUUCCUGGAUUAUCAAUGGUAGAUCCCUUGAUUUUAUCCAGCAGUGAACAUAUACCUCUUUCUCUGAAUCCUGAAGAUGAAAAUUUACAGGCUGAAGGAAAUGGACUCCAAUGGCAACCCCAGGACGCCCCUGAUGUUAUAACGAGAGAAGAAUGUAAAAAUAGUGCAUUAAAUCAGCAGCAACCCGAUCUUACAGAUAGUGAUGGAAAAUUACCACCGCAAAAUGUGCAUUGUGAAGAUAAUAGAACAUCUGACUUGGAGGAUUCUGAACUACAUCUAGGACCAGAGGAAUGGAGAGAAGAAGAGGAGGAAGAGGAGGACGAGGAGGAAGUCAGUAAAGAAACAAAAGAUUACUUGAACAAGCUUUUAGAAGGAUGCCUAAAAGACAGUGAACCUUGUCUUCCAUAUGAAGAAAAUCAGGAGGACUCUGACACCCUUCAAGAUCUUUCACCUGAAGAAGCAUCUUAUAGUCUACAGGAGCCUCUGCCUUCCGAUGAGAGCUGCCUUUCUCUUGAUGAUCUUGCAAAAAGGAUAGAGAUCGCAGAGGUUGUUCCAACAGAGGGAUUGGUGUCUAUAUUAAAGAAAAGAAACAGUGAAGGAAAUCAGCUUUCCCAAAUGCAGCAAAAAUCAUCAAAGAGACGAGUGAGGUUCCAAGAAAUGGAAGACUCCUUGGAUCAGGAUGAAAUUGGUGGCGGCUCCUGCCUUUUACUGGUCUUGCUGUGCAUAGUGACCGUUUUCCUCAGCGUCGGAGGAACUGCCCUGUACUGUACCUUUGGUGAUGUCGAAUCACCCGUUUGUACUGACUUUGCGGCCAACAUGGAUUUCUAUUAUUCCAAGUUACUGCAGGGAAUAACAGAGCUUAAACACAGGAUAUCCUUCUCCUAGCAGCAUCCCAACCUUGAACGCUGCUGGUGGUGAGAACGCUUCUGUCCCGUGCGCUGCCGCUUUCGGUGAAAUACCUUGGGCAACAGAGACUUCUUCUUCGGCAGAUACUCCAAGCUCCGGAGAGUGGAAGGAUGACCAAAUCUUGAUGUCUGUGAGAGCACAUCAGUAUCUUCCUGCAAGUCGCUGCAAAUAGAAAUGGACAAAGCAUUCCUAUAACCACCCAUUUUUAGCCAUCCUGAUAUGCUAAGGGUUAAAGAUCACUUUUAGUUUACAUUUGUUUGUCCAAAGAUGUUGCUUCUAGCUAUCAUGCAAUAAGUCUUGUAUGUGUCACAAAAAGGAAUUUCCUUAUAGUCUUAAUGUGUUUUUAAUUAUACUCGAGAGCUGUGUAAUCCAGGUUUAACAAAUCGAUGUUUUCCAAGUCCACCUUCCGUAUGUGAAAUAGUUGUGUGUAUGUAUUCGUUCAUCUUUCUCUAUUCUCAGGCAGUUAUUAUGAGCAAAUACCCAACACAGAAUAAUAACAAUCGUCAUUAUUCUUUUAUCUUGAAUAUUGCUGUGCAGGCACAGAUUUUCUUUCCAUUUUAACCAUUGUUUAACUAUACAACUCUGGAAUAGAUGGCCUGAAGUAGACAAUUGAAUUUCAGAAAUUUGGCUCUGGCAUGGAAGCUCGGAUAACUAUGUGCAGCAGUUGACGAUGAUUGAUUUCUAGCUGAGCCAGUUAGAUCAAACAGUUCCUGCUCCUCAGGCCCCCAUUUCUAACCCAUGGUCAGUACAUGCUUCUGACAUGGUUUCCAUACUAAUAAAUGCCACGAGUGAAUGCUGUGAGUUCCAGCCUCUCAUCUUAAAAGUAAACUUUUUUUUUUUUUGGACAAGAUUAUAUCAUUGAGAUAAAUGAUUCAGUAUUAAAAAAUUAUGUUUUUUUUUUUACACUUGAAUGUGCGUUUUUAUAUAAUGAAUUUGAAUAUGCAUAAUGGACAUUAAAUAGACAUAUUGUCAGCUUUAAAAGUUCAGUCAUUUCUGGAAUUGGUGAACUUCAGUUCCCCUUCUUUCCCAAAAGAUAAUUAGUAAUGAUAAAAUGGAAUUAUUCCCCUCUGAGGCUCAAUUGUCUAACAUUUAGGAAGCCUUACUUUGCCUUUUCAUAUCAUGGGCAACAAUUACACAUUAUUUAAUGCAAAAUAUUAUUAAGAAUUAUAAUUUUCCAGAAAAUCUUUUUUUUACAUUAUUUUCAUGUCAGAAUCAUCUAAAAGAGGAAGGGAGAAAUCAAUUUUAUAUUUCUAUGUGUUACUGGCUGGUACAGUACCUCCCUUUGUGUUUCUGCUUAUUUAUUUAGAUUAGAUUUGUUUUUAAGGGAUUUUGUUUUGUUUUUGUAAAUUGAAGUGUUGCUGAGCAUGCAUUUAGUUAUUUUAAAGAUAGAUGUACAAUAACUGUAUCAUUAAGUGUGUUUUGAUUUUCUGCAACUUAAGUUCAGAGUGUUUUUAAACUUGUUUAUUUUUAAAUUGAUAGUUUGUUUUCACCAAAAAAUACUGUUUGACUUAUCUGCAUCAUGUCACCAUGUAAUACCUUCAAGAGCUAUAGGUGAGAGAUAUUUAUUUAAAAAAGUAUAUAAGAUAUUGAGAUCAUGAAACCUUAUACUUAAGACUGAUUUUAUUAGAAGAUAUUUUAAUGUUCUAUUAUAAAUUUUAAGAGAUUAAAAAGCCAAGGUGAUUUUUUUUAAAGCAGCUCAGUUGCACUGUGUAUCAAAUUUAUACUCAAAUUCCAUAUAAAAUGUUGAUGGUAGUAAUUCUUAUGUGGUUCUGUCAGUAAGGGCUGCUCACAGGAGCUCCAGUGAGUGGCUAUUAGCCAUAGCCAGAUGUCUUCUGUUUUGCCCUCACUUUCUAAUUAGGAGACUCUCUUUGUCCUGCAGUCUGGCAGAUCCACAUUAAGAUAAAAAUAAGGUUUUCCUCCCUCUUUCAGAGUCACACAGCUGAAGCCCUUCUCCUUUCAAGUCAUUUACUGUUGGAAUCUAUAAGGCUUCUUCCUUUUAGCAUAGUUCCUAUUGAUUUAUUGAAAAAUUUGCACAAAGAAUAGAGGAGAAAAGAAAUAAAAUGCAUCAGUAAAAUUGAAAAAGUGGUGCUUAGAAAGAAUAUAUAUAUCCUUAUAACUGCCCUGAGUGGGGAAAAGUGAGGUCAGUACAGUGUGGCCAGAGCACAUAGAUGCCUUGAUUUAAGGACAGGCUUAAAAUCUCAACACAGAAAAUUAGGGCAAUUUUUUAAAGUUUAAUAGCCAUUUAUUGCAUGUCUUGGAAUAAUUCCACUUAGUGAUGAAAGGGCUGUUUAACUCAUGAAAAAUUUCACCUAAUUUUUCAACAGUGUAAAGUUUUCUGUCAUUUGAAGGUACUGAUAAUUUGUAACAAAUCUAAUAUUCUUAAAGAACUGUAUUUGAAAGCAUCAAAUCUAGCUUGUGAUUUAAAAUAUUUAACAAACAAAAA